AUGGUGGCAUUGGUGUUUUGCGAUAGUGGAAAUGUUAUUGGUGGUGUCAAUAAUGGAGGGGAAAAAGAUUACGAUGUCGAUGGUGGUGGUGGCGAGGUUGUAAAUGAGCUUAAGUGUCCUGCGCGAGAGGAUAGCUAUAGCUGGGCUAGGGUCGACACAAAUUGGGGUGCCAUUUGUGAUUGUUGUUGUACACCACCCCCACCCCCACCUGCACCAUCCCCAGUUUUGUGUCCGGCGCGGGAGGAUAGCUAUAGCUGGGCUACUGACACUAGUUGCAGUGCUUGUGCAAAGAAAUCAUCCACAUCUCCAUCUCCAUCCUCACCUCCUCCUCCGCCUCCUUCAACCCCAUCUCCAUCCCCACCACCGCCAUCACCGCUACCUCCUAGCCCUACGGGAGAUAAAUGUGAUAAAUCCGGAGACACUUACUCAGAGAUCACAUAUCCCACCUCAGAUUGCACGUAUUGUACUAAUUGGUGUAAGGAUGAAUGCUCGGAGAUGAAAGCUAAAGUAGUUAGCAAUAAAUGCUCAAUUGGAGAGUAA